AUGACCAACACUUCCUUCACAAACGUGACACGUUCCCUCUCGAUACCAAGAGAAUACCUCGAAGAUGGUGCAGUUUACAAGCGGCCUCGGAAAACGCGGGAGUUGGCCAAAUAUCAGGCGCGCUUUCUCCAAAAUAGACCGCGCUUUCUGUUUUUUUUUUCCAAAUCUCCCCUCCACCUCGCGCAGCAGAUCCCACCACUGCUCCCCAGCGCACCGCCCCCUUCACCGCCCCUGCGCCGGCCCCCUCCACCAGCCCUCCACCGCCCCUGCACCGGCCCUCCACCGCCCCUCCACCAGCCCUCCACCGCUGGCCCUCCAUCGCCCUGCGCCGGCCCUCCCAUCGCCCCCGCGCCGGCCCUCCAUCGCCACCGCGCCGGCCCUCCACCGCCCCCUCCACCAGCCCUCCACCGCCGGCCCUCCAUCGCCCCACCGCCGGCCCUCCCAUCGCCCCCGCGCCGGCCCUCCAUCGCCCCCGCGCCGGCCCUCCACCGCCCCCGCGCCGGCCCUCCACCGCCGGCCCUCCACCGCCCCUGUGCCGGCCCUCCACCGCCGGCCCCCUCCAUCGCCGGCCCCCUCCACCGCCCCUUCACCGGCCCCAUCCACCGCCCCCUCCACCGGCCGCCUCCACGGGCCCCUCCACCGGCCGCCUCCACGGGCCCCUCCACCGCCCCCUCCACGAGCCCCCUCCACCGGCCCCUCCACCAGCCCCCUCCAGCCCCUCCACCGUCCCCCUCCAGCCCCUCCACCGGCCCCUCCACCAGCCCCCUCCAUCGGCCCCUCCACCAGCCCCCUCCAGCCCCCUCCACCGCCCCCUGCACUGAUAGACUAGGCUCCUCCAGCAGCAAGGUGCUCACAAACUAGGCUCCUCCAGCAGCAAGGUGCUAGAAGAUUUUCCUCCAGCAGCAAGAUGCUCCUCCUAGCAUUAUUUGAGGUGGAAGGUUCAUUUUAGGUGGUGCAUGUAUCUAUGUAGCUAAGGUGGAUAUGCAGAUAUGCUAUGAAGUGGUGUCAAGUUUUAGGUGAUUUAAAAUCAGAGAUUCAUUUGUUUGUUGGUGGUGCAAUAGAAAACAACCUGAAAUGUUUGAAAGGUUGUAGAUUCUUAC